UUUACUAGGAAAUUUACCAGUAGCUUCAGUUUCGGUUCGCUUUGUUUUCUCACAUCAGCAUGUCAUGUGUUACUCUUAAAUCUUUGUGGAGAUUGUCUUAUCGAAUCACGUGAACUUGAUUUCGUGAGUAUAUAACAAAGUGGUAGGAAGUUUGAGUUAAAGUCAGGAUAUGAGACAUGUUGUUUACGUAUUCGGAAGUGAAUCAAUCAAGUAAAAUUUUUCAUAGAAAAAACAAGGGAGGUAAAAUUGUUGAAAUUGUUUUGAAGAUGUUAGUUAAGGACAGAUAACUAACGCAUUCAAGAGGAAGUAAUUUAUACUCACAGUUUUUACCAUUUCGUUUUGUGUUUUCGUAGAUGCUUGCUGAAUGUCAGGGAACGCUUCAUUAAAACCAGUGUUAUCUGAAUUGUCAGCGAUGAUGGCAUUAAAACCUAAAACAACUAAUCAGUCAUUGACACUGCCACUUAAACCAGCGACAUCUACAAUGUCAACUAAAAUGCCGUUAAAACCUGCGGCAUCCAAAAUCCAUGAAAUGUAUGACGACAUUUACAGCAAUUCCAGUUUUAUCGAAGAGGAUGACAUUCAGGAUGACAUGUCGGAUGCCAUUUCCGAAGAAGACACGACGUCCGUGCAGGUGUAUUUCGACAACGUCACUUACUCGGAAGACGAGCUCGACUCCUGUGACGCCGACGAUCAGUGGACGGAGUCGGCGUCCGUCGUUCGAAACCGACGCAGCGUGGCGUCCUAUCUAAGCCUGGUGGACACGCCCCUUUCGGUGCUUCCGGGGUCGAGCGACAACUUGCACCGGAUAUGCCACUCCCUGCCUCCUUGCACGACGCCGCUGAGAGAUGCUCACGCGUACAACCCGCCCCGCCCUGCAAGGUGUGGCCCAUACAGGGAUGGAUCUCAUUACGAAGCUCCUUCACUGCUCUACAACCACGAUUCCAACCCACAUUCGUAUCCAACCACUACACCGUUGCCCCCGACAACCGAACAACCAUUACGUUCAACACCAUCCGGCGAGACCCCACCCCACUACGCUUACAUUUACCACGACCCCGUCGACAAAAACUACAAAAUCCGCAUCUUCAGCAAGCAUUUCUUAAUCGCCUGCACCGUCGUCUCGAUCCUGCUCAACAUCGCUUCCGGUUACUGCCUGGUUGCCAUGGUGAUGAAGAUGAGCAACGGCACCGCGGAGGAGGCGACUUUCCCUGAAGGAUCCUACGAGAUUUGUGUCAGCUGCGACAAGCUCGGCUAUAAGGAGACGACAGUGUACCGAGUUGACAACGGCGUGACAAAGUGCUGUGUCAGUGACAGCCUGCAGAUGUCAAGGUUAUUUAAGCAGAUGAUACAGACCACACCUUUGGAAACAGAGAACGUACCAAAUAGUAGGCCUGUGACGCCAAAUACACAUCAAUAUUUUACAUCGGUACACAAAGAUUCCCUGCACGAGCUUGUCAUGGGGAUGCAAACGGUUAGUCGAAGUGACGAAAACCCAGUCGCCGUGUACCGCGACCACGUCAGUGUGACGUCAUCAGGGUGGUAUUACGUCUACUCUGGCGUCACACAGAACAACGCCACCUGCAGCCAUGUUGUAAAUAAGACGUGGCACCACAGAAUUGUUCUGGCACCGGGUGAGACGCUCGUCAAUGCUACGAGAACGUGCUGUGAUGAUUGUAACCCUAACAUGCAGUCCAGUUAUACAGGUGGCCUGUUUUACCUGAAAGAAGGAAGCAACGUUUCUGUGAUCUUGUCUGAAGUGAAAAAUAUCGAGGUGAACUUUACAGACUCCUACCUUGGCCUUGUACGGCUGGCAAUUGAUUGGGGGUAUUAGUACAAGUUGGUGUAAAGUGCUCCAUUUGUACAGGCGUCCAUCUUAUACUAGAGUCGUGUCGUGACUUGGCACCUUGUGAAUCCCAAUGAUCACCAGAGCUAUAGGGCUGGUAAGUAGGUCAUCAACCAGUUCUACGGCUCAAUAAAACCUGCAUGAGCCAUAGAACUGGUUGGUGACCUACUUACCAGCCCCAUACCAGCGGGAACAAAAUUUCGUGACAUAACCCCACAAAACUAUACCAGCGGGGGUGUAGGUUCAACCAAGCUGGAAGUUGUGCAUGGGUAGUGAUCAGACCAAAGCUAACACUCUUGUCCUCGGGAAGUAAGUCAGCAACAACCUUAUAACAUUCAAAGAAAAACCGCUACAUAAACUAAAACAUGCCCACGUUUUCAAAUUAAGUUCAGAUGAUAUAACAGGAAUUGUACCUCAUUGACGCCUUAAAAAAUAAAACAGGAAAGUCCGAGUGAGAUGUGGAGGUGAACAACCGAAAAACAAUUGACAAGAGCGGGACUAUUUUCGGGAACUGCAAAGAAAGUUGCUAAAGACCGGCAAAACUGGACAAAUCUUAUUGUGGCCGAUCUAUGUGUAUCGAGCACCAGACAGAAAAGAUGAGGAUGAUUAGGUCUAAUUAUAACACUGAGAUUAAUUAAUGAGAUAUAAAGCAAUCCUGUUUUUUCAAAAAUGGCAAUAAUCAAAUAAUGUUUAUACCUCAACAGUUCUACUAAAACAUUAGAUUUGCGUCGAAUAUGGCUAUUUUUGUUGCUGUUUACAUCAGGUCCCAAGAAGGUGGCCAGCCGAACCGGAUGUCACCCCAUCUAGUGACGUCACUGACUGUCCGACUUUUUUUGUUACCGAACCUCUUUUACUGCUGGAUAUCUAGUACUGUCUCUAGUUAGUCAUUAACUCUCGAAUAAAAAUAAUUUUAGUACGCUAGAUUAGAAACGAAACAAACUCUACAGUUUAAAGCAAAGACAAGAUUAAAUCAAC